AUGGACCAAGGAGAAGACGAGCCGACCAACGAAACGCUUGGUCGAAUUGCCAACCAAGAAUCUGACCUGCGGAAAGCAACCGCGUCGAUUCUGAUGCAGCUUAGCACUGGGCGAAUUGGGCUGUCCGGCUAUUUGAAUCGCAUCAACCGGCGAGAAUCAGCGCGAUGUAACUGCGAACUGGGAAACCAGACGGUAAAUCACGUCUUGCUCGAAUGUCCGCUGCUCCAGAAUAAGCGCGACUGGAUGAGAAACGCUCUAUCUGACCGCGGAGUCUCUCUCCGACGCGACGAGCUCCUGGCACGGCCGGAGGCCCGCACAAUAGUGGCCGAAUUCAUGGUCCGGACGUGUCUCUUGAGACAGUACCAGACAGUCGACCCAAUGGCUCUCGGCGUGGAAGAAUGCGACGAAAAAUAG